GACAGAGAGAAAGGUCCUCCUUUGCCUUUGCCGUUGGUUCACCCUCCAAUGGCCGGCGCGGCCAGCGCACCGCGCUGAUCCGAUGGCAGGAGCCAGGUGCUUCUCCUGGUCUCCCAUGGGGUGCAGGGCCCAAGGACUUGGGCCAUCCUCCACUGCACUCCCUGGCCACAGCAGAGAGCUGGCCUGGAAGAGGGGCAACCGGGACAGAAUCCAGCGCCCCGACCAGGACUAGAACCUGGUGUGCCGGCACCGCAAGGCGGAGGAUUAGCCUAGUGAGCUGCGGCGCCGGCCGACACUGGUGUUUUAUACAAGUGGAAUCAGAUGAUACUUGUUCUUCUGUGUCUGCUUCAUUUCGCUUAGUGUGUGUUCAGGAUUCUUCCAUGUUGGAGCACGGGUCACUUCUUCCUUCCUUUCCUGGCUGAAUAGUAUCUCCUUGUAUGGAGGAGCUACAAUUGGUUGUUGUGUUUGUGAACCAAGUGUGGUUGCCACCUUUUGGCAGUGGUGCUGCUGUGAGCACUGGCGUGCAGGUACGUGUUCCGGCGCUGUCUGCCUUCGGGGCUGCAUCCUUCGCAGUGGGCUCGCUGGGUCCCGGGGCACCGUGCUUAGCUUUCUGAGGCCCUGCCUGGCCCUGCCACCUCUUUCCUCUCUCUCCCAGAGGCCACAAGCCGUGGAGGAGGAGCCCAGGGUCUUCAUAGGUUCACCAACACCUGACACUUUCUGUUGUUGUUGUUUUUUUUUUUCUUUAAAUUUUUUCUUUAUUUUCAUUUUAUUUAAAAGGCAGAGAGACAGAUGCAUGAGGAGAGAUCUUCCAUCUGCCGGUUCACUUCCCAUGGCUGCAACAGCCAGGAGCCUGGAACUCCAUCCGCUCUCCCAUGUAGUGGCAGGAACCCGAGUCCUCGAGCCGCCGCCUGCUGCUUCCCCGUGUGUGCGUUGGCAGGAAGCUGGGUGAGAAGUGGGCGGGGAUUUGAGCUUAGACACUUGACGAGGGGUCAUGCACUCUAAGCAGCAGCUCCCCCGCAUACCCCAGGCCUGCCCCUGUGUUCUGUGUCGCCCUCCUGGCAGGAGUGAAGCCGUGGCUGGCGUGGCUGUUCCUAAGCCCCGGGCACGCUGAUCGCCGCCCCUUCGGUGUGGAGGGCUCAGUGCCGUGGCUGUGGGGGCUCCUCCCGCUCUCCGGCGUGGGACACCAGGCUCUCACCAUCCCCGCCAUGAGGUGCUCGGGGACUUCCCCGCAUGAGCGCCGGGUGCUGCGCACCACUGCCGGGGGUCCUGAGUUCACUGCCAAGGGCAGGGUUUGAGGUGAGUUUCCGCACCAGGAAUUUGUGCACAGUGUGGCAGGGUUUAGGGGGAGCCAGCGGAGGGCUAGUGAGACACCCAGGGCCGCACUGGAGCUGCAGGGACUCAGGGGGGCUGUGGGGCGGGCGCCGCGGACAGGGCCUGUGGUCUCUGUAAGGCGUGCAGCCCGCCCACCGCAGCCCUAGGGAGCAUCCGGAGCUCCCGGAGCCGAGCCUCCUACGCCCAUGGAUUCGGCCACCCUCAGGUGGCAAAUACAGAAGGAAACAUUUGCCUCUGCCCUGGGCGCACUGGCUGAUGUCCAGUCCUCGUCCCGAGGAACAGCCUUGCGACAGCCAUGUCCACGGCCUUCACGGGUGACCUGAAGUGCACAUGAGGGUGUGUGGCUUCCACGCAGGGCCACGCCAGUCCACGUGAGGGGAGUGAGCACCUGCGGGUUUUGGGAUCCAGGAGCCCUGGAGCUGGGCCCUGUGGGUACUAGGGGACAGCUGUGCCUCCCCCACUCCAGGGCUGCUCCUGCAGGUGCCUCCCGUGGGCUGAAGCCAUUGGGAAGGGAGAGAGGGCAGGGGACCUGUGGGUGCAGUCCCGCCCCUGGCGGUCAGCUUCCGGGAGGCCAGAAAUGGAGUGUGGCUGUGGGGGACAGAGGCCGAAGCCACCACAAGGGUUCUGUGGUCAAAUGGGAGGCUGCUGGUGGCUGACUGGCACCUGCUCUUUGAGAACAGAUCUGGGGGAGAGAGCUGCAGCUUUUGCGGGUCUCAUGGUGUCAAAGUGGCAGCCGAAGCUCUGGGUAUUGAGCAUCGCACCCCCACAAGAAUGUGCCAGGGCACAGAAAGCGGGAAGUUAGAUUGUCCUCAAGAGCUGCCCCUGAGAACCAGGCUGACCGUGUGGACGAGAGGGCGGGGCGGUUCCUCCUCACAGAGCGGUCCCCUGCUCCCUGGCUGGGAUGGGGGCAGUGGGCUGGGGACCCAGAGGAAUGGGUCAUCCUGGGCCUCCCGGGAUCACCUCUCGCAGGCCGGGAAACUCUCCCUCCCCAGCCUGGCCCCCGCCCCGCCCCUGUGACCCACAGCAGAUGAAGGGACUUCAGCCUGCUUCUGUUUCCUGUUCUGGAAAAUUCCCUGAAGCGAGGAAAAUACCAGGGGCGAGGCUGCUCGCUCGGACUGGGCGGUGGGGAGCGGCGCUCUCGGCAGACUGCCUGGGCCGGGACACCCACGUGUGUGUGCUCGGCAGAGCCUGCCUGCGCCGGAUCAGGGAGGGGACAGCCCUGGGCGGCCACAGGCAGCUUCUCCGCUGGCAGGGCCCCCAGUCAGAGCCCUUGAUCCACACACAGCUGGAAGCAAAACCAAAUUUAUAAAGGAAACACCAGCAAAACUUGAACCAGCAUCAAGUUCCACGGUGGUGUCGGGUUGCCAAGCCCCCCCCACCCCCGCUUCCUGGGUCAUUUUGCCGCGUGGAAUCAAAGCUCCAUUUUAUGGGAAACCAACAGCCGACCCCACAACUGGUUCCCUAGGUGGCGAGUCAUCGGGUGGCGGGGUGGACGUCACCAGCCAGGGCGACUUCUUGUCACCCGAAGGCUGCCUGGCUGGGCUGGCGACCAGUGGCCCCCGCCUGAUGCCCACGGCCGCGCUCUGCUUUUGGAUGUCGGUUUCAUCAGCGCCAUCUGCCGAGAGUCCAGGUUCACGUCCCGGGGCCCCAGCACUGGGGAAAUUCUGCUGAUUUUUUUAAAGAUUUAUUUGCAAGUCAGAGUUACACAGAGAGGGAGAGACGGAGACCCUCCAUCCACAGGAUCACUCUCCAGAUGGCUGCAAUGGCCAGGGCUGAGCCAGGCUGAAGCCAGGAGGGUCAUCCGGGUCUCCCACGCGAUUGCAGAGGCCCAAGCACUUGGGCCAUCUUCUGCUGCUUUCCCAGGCACUUUAUCAGGAAUCUGCAUCAGAAGUGGAACAGCCAGGACUCGAACUGGUGUCCACAUGGGAUGCCGACACUGCAGGUGGCAACUUAACCCACUACACCAUGGUGCCGGCCCCACCAGCUGGGCCUCUCGAAUCCUGAAGUGGGAUUGCCUUAAUUAGGAGCUGCAAAGCCUCCUGGUGCACUGGGCCCUGCAGGUCCCCCGGCCCUGCGUCCUGAGCUCCUGGGCCAUGCCCUGGCCUUGCUCGAAGUGCCCUGGGGAUAUGGGCAUGGCCAAGGCCUGUGGGGUGGGGCCCUGGGACAAGCAGGUGCACUCUUUCCCAGAGACACCUGAGCCAGGCUGGGCUGCGAGGGGGUCUUGGCCCCACUUAUCGCCCAAGGUCCUUGGAUAACGAAGGGUGGCUCUCGGGCCUCCCUGGCUGGGCAGGGCCAUGGGUGCUGGGUGGGGCUCGGGGAACCCUUGGGGAUAUAAAGGCGGCCAGGGCAGGUAAGCUGUACACCUCUCCGCCUGCGGCACCAUGGCUUUCCUUGGGCUCCUCUCCUGCUUCGCCCUCCUGGGGACUGCCUUCAGCUGCGGGGUCCCCGCCAUCCAACCCGUGCUGACCGGCCUGUCCAGGAUCGUCAAUGGCGAGGACGCCGUCCCCGGGUCCUGGCCCUGGCAGGUGUCCCUGCAGGACAAGACCGGCUUCCACUUCUGCGGGGGCUCCCUCAUCAGCGAGAACUGGGUGGUCACCGCCGCCCACUGCGGGGUCAGUACCUCCCACUUGGUCGUGGCCGGGGAGUUUGACCAGGGCUCCAGCCAGGAGAAGGUGCAGGUGCUGAAGAUCGCAAAGGUGUUCAAGAACCCCAAGUUCAACAUUUUCACCAUCCGCAACGACAUCACCCUGCUGAAGCUGGCCACGCCUGCCAGCUUCUCACAGACCGUGUCGGCCGUGUGCCUGCCCAGCGCCGACGACGACUUCCCAGCGGGGACGCUGUGCGCCACCACAGGCUGGGGCAAGAUCCGGUACAACGCCAACACGACCCCUGAGAAGCUGCAGCAGGCGGCCCUGCCGCUCCUGUCCAAUGCCGACUGCCAGAAGUACUGGGGCACCAAGAUCACCAGCGUGAUGAUCUGCGCCGGCGCCAAUGGAGUGUCCUCCUGCAAUGGCGACUCUGGCGGCCCCCUGGUCUGCCAAAAGAACGGAGCCUGGACCCUGGUGGGCAUCGUGUCCUGGGGCAGCAACACCUGCUCCACCUCCACGCCCGCGGUGUACACCCGCGUCACUGAGCUCAUCCCCUGGGUGCAGGAGAUCCUGGCGGCCAACUGAGCCUGUGCUCCCCGCCUCCCCACCCCCAGAGUCCCCAAUAAAUGCAUCUGUUUGGAAGCCCUCACUGCCUUUGUCUCUCUGUGUGGCCCAGGGGACAGGAGCCUGGAGUCGUCCUUGUCAGUCCCCAGGGGGCAGGUAGCCGAGCAACCCCUCCCUC